AGGAGGGGAACCCCAGGCUGAUCGCAGCUCGGUUCCGGUUCGGGUGCCCGCCCCGCGCCCAGGCCUGCGCAUGUGCCCGCACGACCACAGCCAUGGCCCCGGUCAGCAUCAACCAGCUGCCAGAGAACAUCCUGCUGGAGCUGUUCACCCACGUGCCUGCCCGGGAGCUGCUGCGGAACUGCCGCCCGGUCUGUAGCCUCUGGCGGGACCUCAUUGAUGUUGUGACCCUCUGGAAACGCAAAAGCCUGCGCGAUGGCUUCAUCACAGAGGACUGGGACCAGCCUGUGACCGACUGGAAGAUCUUCUACUUCCUCUCCAGCCUCCGCAGAAACCUCCUGCGCAACCCCUGCGCUGAAGAGGAUAUGGGAUUCUGGCGAAUCGACUCCAAUGGAGGUGACCACUGGAAGGUGGAGAGCCUCCCUGGAGGACAUGGGACAAAUUUUCCUGACCCCAAAGUCAAGAAGUACUUUGUCACCUCCUAUGGCAUGUGCCUCAAGUCCCAGCUGGUGGACCUCAAGGCUGAAGGCUACUGGGAGGAGCUGCUGGACACAUUCCGGCCUGACAUUGUGGUCAAGGACUGGUUUGCUGCCAGAGCAGACUGCGGCUGCACGUAUCACCUCCGAGUGCAGCUGGCCUCAGCUGACUACAUUGUCUUGGCCUCCUUUGAGCCACCGCCUGUGAUCAUCCAGCAGUGGAAUGAUGCCAAGUGGAAUGAGGUCUCCUACACCUUCUCGGACUACCCUCCUGGCGUCCGCCACAUCCUCUUCCAGCAUGGGGGCAAGGACACCCAGUUUUGGGCAGGCUGGUACGGGACCCGGGUCACCAACAGCAGCAUCAUCAUCAGCCACAAGAUGACCCUGAAACGUGGGCUCGCCAACAACUCGGCCUGAAGACGGGGGGACGGGGGGGGGGUUGCGGGGAGGCUGCCCGCUUGUCCUCUCCAGAAAGCCUUCCGUUAUCUGACUGGCCACCCACCCACCAAUCCAUCCAUCUAUCCUUUGGGCCAGCCAAGGGCCGGAGGUCCCCCUCCAGGCAAGAGCUGAGCCUGUAGUGGGUGGAGAGGCCCCUGUCUCAGGAGCUGCUCCCCAGUUUCAAUCUUGGGCAAACCCACCAGUUUGUGGUAACUGUUAUGUAGUUUCAACAUUUUCUUGCAAUAAAUGUUUACAGUAAAAUCAGCCU